AUGUGUAAGGGUUCGCAUUAUACUGGUAGGUGUGCAACAUUCCUAAAUUUGUCUACUGCACAACGUCUCCAAAAGAUACAGUCACUCCGCAAGUGUACCAAUUGCAUGAGUACUGUUCAUACUUCGUCGAAAUGCGAGUCAAAAUACUCUUGCCGUCAUUGCUCCGCUCGACAUCAUUCGUUAUUGCAUUUGGAUGAGAUUGAGAAAAAGGCAUCAUCGUCAGCAACUUCAGGCACCCAUUCAUUACCAAAAAACAAACCAAAGUCUUCAACUUCGUCCACAGAACAGUCCUCAACUGCGUUUGUCGGUACGGUCAACACUACCAAUUUGAAUGUACUAGGCACGGCCCUAAUUCGUGUACUUGACAAAUUUGGACAAUGGACACCUGUUCGGGCACUUAUUGAUUCUGGUUCCCAGAUCUCGGCCAUUACACAUAUAAGUGCAACUAGGCUGGGCCUCAACAGACAUCCUACUGAUAUUACUGUCGUGGGUUUAUCUCAAAGUCCGAUUCUACAAACAAGGGGUUCAGUCACAUGUCAUAUUAUUCCUCAUACGUCGUUUGCCCCUGAGUUAAUAUGCGAGCCUGUCAUAUUAUCCAAAAUCACAGGUCUUAUGCCUUUAGCAGCCCUGAGCCCUGCAAUACGAUCCACAUAUUCUAAACUGCAACUUGCUGAUCCGUCGUUCGAUUGCCCGGGUCGCAUUGAUUUUCUUAUCGGCACGGACAUGUACAACAAAUUAUUCGAAAAUGGCUAUCAAGUCCUCCACGAAGAUGGCUUCCUUCGGCCUUUGAGACGUCACUCGGUUGGAUUUUCAUGGGAACUUCCAGUCAAUGCCAUGCUCAGUCACGAGUGUGCUUAA